AACCGAACCGAGAUCAAUUUGAAUUUCAAAACCAAUGUAAACCCAUCAAACCCAUCGCUGUGAAAACAAAAAGCUCGGCCACUGUAACAACAAAAAUGGAGACGACACAACUUGGAAGAGAAAUCAACUCUAAAUAGCCAAGAGAAUGUUCGAAAACCCCCUCAAAUCCGAUGCUUCCUUUGAUUCCAACCUCCAAAAGCCCAUCUGCUCAAAUCUUCAUUUCGAGGAUGAGGACUCGAGGAGUAUUACAAGGUACCUCAAUAGAAUCAAUGGCUUCCAUGGAUUUUGAAACUUUACUUCUAAUAAACACCAUUGUAAUGUCUUGUUGUGAAGUUGUGUAAGGAACAAAGGAUAGUGAAAGCUGAAGAGUGGGAUUCGUUUAUGGAGUUUCAGAGUUUUUUUUGACUAAGUGGCCUCUGUUUUUGAUUCUUCAGUGGUCAAUUUUGUGAUGGGAUUUGAUUGAAAUUGGAGAAUGAUUUCAUGAAAUCUCUUCGGGCUGAGGUUGAUUCAUGACUCUUUCAUUUUUCUAGUGUCUCAUUGAUGAUAGACAUAAGAAGCAUACUUAAGGCCAUAGAGAGUGGUGAAUUGGAGGCAAUCAAGCCUUUGCCUUGGUACCCUAAGAAUCUUUCUUUUCACGGAAGGAGAUUAGAAAAAACCAGAUACUUGAGAGACUUUCAGCUGUCAAGAGACAAGGCCCGUUUUACUAUCAGGUUAAAAUCAUGGUCAGCUUCUUGUCCCAAACCACAUUGUUGCAAGGUUUUGUAAUAAAUCUUGGCUCGAUAAUGCAUUCAGAAACUUCUUCUACUCAUAUCUCAAAAUAUGUUUUGAAUUCUAAACCCCAUGGUUAUCAAUAUAAAG